UUCUAAAUCCUCUCUCUCUCUCUCUCUCUCUCUCGCACACAGAGAGACUACUUCUUGAGUAGUUUUCUGAUAUAUACAUACACUUUGUUGGAUCCCUAGAAACCACAUCUCUGCAACUUCUCUCCACCACACUUUAAUUUGAAUUUCAGCAAGAAUGCGAGGUCCGAGCUCACUCAAGCAAGAAUUUCUGAAGAAAUGGGCAAUGGGACUCAAAAUCUGCAGUUCUUCAAAGAAGGACAUGACCAUCUUCGAAAGAAAGAAGGCUAUAAAGCUCUCAGCAGACCUGGCCAUGGCGUCCACUAGAAUCGGCACGGCUUGCUGGAGCCGUGCCCUAAUUGCAAAUGCUUCGAAUGACGGUGAUAACAAGAUCAUUGUCAGCCAUAUAUUGGGCAGUGAUGAGUUCGAGAGGCUCAAGAGAGCUUCAAAGGCGUCGGUCAUGUGCUGCAACAAGAGAGUUAGAAGCAAGAAGAUCUUGAAAAGGAGCUGCAGUGUGAGUAGAUCAAAUAAAGUAGCACAAAAAAUGGUUGUCGCUACAUCUAUUGCAAAGAGGUUGGUAAAGAAGCAAACUCAAGUGUUGAGAGGGCUAAUACCGGGAGGAGAAUCCAUGGAAGAGUCCUCUUUGAUCGGAGAAACCCUAGAUUAUAUGAUUUCUCUUCGAGCUCAAGUUGAUGUAAUGCGGCGAGUUGCUAAUGCAACCUAGCAGAUGAAUGUUAAAUAAGAUCGAUCAUAUAUAUAUAUAUAUAUAUAUAUAUAUAUAUAUAUAGCUAGUUAAUUGCUUUUUAAUUUGAUAUUCCUUCAAUGCAAGAAUAGAUGGGAGUUGAAAAGAAACUGGUAUAGUGAAGGCAUAUGAUGUACAAAUGAACCAUAUAUAUGUAAGUCAAUAUUCUUUACUUUCA